AUGAGAAGGUCACAAACUUACGGUGAAUCUGAAGAUGACGAUAUGAGUAUUUUACGCAAUCCGAUAACGAGAAUGGCUGAAAUGACUAUUGCUGCUGAAAAACAAUCAUCUUCUGGUUGGAAGUAUUUUAUAGAUGAUGAGAAACUUAUUGACGUCACCCAUUUGGGAAUCAUUACAUUGUCAUCUGUAGCUGUUGGUUAUGGAGUUAAAGAACUUCUAGACCGUUCUGUUGGGAAGUAUUGGAAAAGCAACAAGGCAGCUCCGCACACGUUAUUCCUUGAAUUCCAAAAAGUCGUUGACGUUGCAUAUGUGGUAAUCUAUCUCGAUUAUGCUCACGAUGAAUCAUAUUGUCCUGAAAAAAUCCAGAUUGAUAUGGGAUGGUCGUCGACAAAUAUUUUCAAGACUGUAACGAGGACGUUCGAGAAGCCGCAAGGCUGGCAAAUAUUUGAUAUGAAGGAUGAGAAAAGCCACCCGACCAGAGGAAUGUUGCUCACACUAACAGUAUUAUCAAAUCAUGAAGGAGGUCGAGAUUGUACUAUAAGGCACUUCCGCGCUAUUGGUCCUGAAGUAUCGAGAUUCGAUCCACUGGUUAAGCUUAAUUCGUUCAAAGACGAUGACGAUAAGUUCUGUGAUGACACAUCGAUUCUUCCAUUCAACAUUGAAUCAAAUUUGCGAUAG